AUGCUUGCAAAUUCCUUCGUAAAAGGACACACCGGGUCUAUCAAGGUCGAGACAAAGAAGUCAGACCUUUUCAAAGUAAAACAGAAGGAUAAUGAGAUGCUUAGAGAAUUUGUGUCCCGGUUUAAAAUGGAACGAAUUGACCUGCCACCGGUCGCUGAUGAUUGGUCCGUAUAUCCCGUCAUAACCUUCGACAGAGUCAAGAGAGACAUCGAUCGUGAACCGAGAUCAAACAGGGAUCGGUAUCAGUCGUACAAUGGAGACCGAAGAAGUAGUGAGUCUGGGCGGAACCUUAUGAGAAAUGAAAGGAGAAAUUACCGUGGUCAAAACAACCGAGGACUCAUGAGCAAAAAUAGCUUCGACAGGCCCGUCGGGCCUAAAGAAGCGCCAUGGUUAUUAGAGUACAACUUCAACGUCGAUGUCGCUGCUAUCGUAUCUACCAUCGGGCACAUCAAAGAUACCAAAUGGGCUCGACCUUUACAGUCCGAUCCAGCCCAAAGCGAUCCUAACCUAAUGUGCAAAUAUCACGGCACUCAUGGCCAUAGAACAAAAGACUGCCGACAAUUAAGAGAGGAAGUGGCCCGGCUGUUCAAUGACGCACAUCUCUGA